UUACCAUAAAUUAAGAGCAAAUAUCUAGGAAAUAGUGGGUUAUCAAAAGAAAUUAAAGAAAAUUUUUUUCAUUUUUAAUAAAAAAAUAUAUAAGUAUCCUAUUGAUUAUAUUUUAAUAUUCGAUUAAAAACGUUUAUCAUCAUGAGCGUGUUUAGCGAUUUUCAACGUUUAUGGACACAAAGAUUUCCUCAAAGUUCUCUUUCUGAUCAAUGGGAACAGGAUGUACGUAAAAGUCUUGAGAAUCAUAAACAAAAAAUUAAUGAAUUGAGAAAAGAGAUUGAACAAGAAACAUUAUACGUUGAAUAUUUAGAGCGUUUAUUAUCCGAUGUUGAAAAAUAUAAAGAAUCAGGUGGUGAUCCAACUACUUUAUUUGAAGCACCAACAACAUCAUUACAACAACAUCAAGGCCCUGGUAAUGGUACUGAAAAUCAAGAUGGAAUAUUGAUGACUAAUAACGAGGAUAAUAAACAUAAUGAAGAUAAUGUUUUGAUGCGAUCAAAGACUAGCGAUAAUUUGAAAGCUUCUUCAUCAGACAGACAACAGCGUGAUAGCAAUAAAUAUGCUAGCUAUAAUCCAUUGAAUGGUAGUGACAGCUUGGGUCAUCAUUCAAAUGAUUCAAAUGAUGAUCACGAAGAUAAAGACAUUGGAACUGAAAAAGAUUAUAAAAAUAUUCAAAUACAAAAGAAUGGUGCUCUAAAUCAAUGCAUUAAUGAAUUAACGUCAACAUUUAAACGUGAUUCAACAACAAAAAAUAAUAAAGUAACAAAUGCAACAUCUGAAGUAACGAAUUUGUCACAACAAAUAACAUCGACAACAAAUAAUACUUCGUCGUCUAUGACAACUUCAAGUAGUAAUGAUAGUCAAAAAAUAUGUGAUUCAUCUACAAUUAUAUCUGGAACAACAUCAGCAACAACAACAACAACCACAUCAUCAUCAUCAUUAUCAACAUCAUCAUCGUCGUCAUCAUCUGCAACAUUAACUGCAAAUGUUGAUAAUCAAACAAUUAGUAAUGAUAAACCAUCACAUUUUGUAACGGUUAUUGAAGUAAAAGAAUCAAAAACCACACCUGUUAAAAAUAUUAUUGGUAAUAAUAAUAAUAAUACAACAUCAACAACUGAUUUAAUAAGUGGAACAUCAACAACACAAAUAACAACAACAAAUAAUUGUAAUAGUAAUGGCAAUAAUAUAAUUGAACAACGACGACAUUCUAGUGAAAGUGAAGCGAUCUUAACAAGUACUAAUAAUAUAAAUAAUAAUAAUAAUAACAAUAAUAAUAAUAAUAUUGGAUCAAAUAAAACAAAAGUUGAACCGACAGCACCACCUAUGUCACCAGCAAUGAGUAUUUCUACAUCAGGUGUAUUACAAUCUGUUUCAUCGACUACAAAUACUGCUUCAUCGACAUCGUCAGUUUCGUCAUUCAGUGGAGGUGGUAGUAAUAGCGGUGGCGGCAAUAUAAGUAAUAUCAGUUCAAGUGCUAGUGCAGCAGUUAGUGAUGCAAAGAAAAAGGUGCCACCAAGACCUCCUCCCAAAUUUAUGAAACGGGUUGAACCCCCAACAGUACCAGGUUCAGCGGGCAUUGGACCAUCAUCGCCGAAACGUGCUACUGAUACAUCUGGAUCUGGAUCAUCAAAUGAGAGCCCAUCAAGCUCCUUAGAACGUAAUAUUAAACCAUCAGAUAUAUUGAGGCAAAAGUCUGAUUCAUUAGAUGCCAAAGCACUAUCAGCAAAUCGUCGUACAACACCAGAAUUAGGUCGUUUUACAAAAUCAUCAGAUUUAGCCGAAGAAUUUGGACGUAAAGUUAAUAAAUCUGAAAGUUUGGAAAAGAAAAAAUCUACAACAACAAGUGCCAAUAUAACUGGAUCAGAUUCUGCUAAUGCUACAUCAAUGAAAAUAAAUCAAAGUCCAACUGGAAGUUUGGGAAAAGCAGGUGGUGCUACUGGUAUUAAUGAAACAAUUACCGUAAAAGCAUCACCAACAAAUAGUUUAAGUAAAUUUGCAAAUGCUCGACAUAAUAUUGAUAGUCCAACAGGAAGUUUAGAAAAAAGUGGCAGUGGUAGCGGUAGUGGUGGCAAAAAAUUGGAUAUUGGAUCAAAAGAAUCAUUAGCUUCCCAGGGAAAUAUUUCAGAAAUAAUCAAAAGUUAUGAAUCAAUUUCAUCAAUUAGUUCAGAUGGUGCAUGUAAUAAAACAGGACAACAUAAUAAUGAAAAUGAACCAUAUUAUGAUACAGUACCAAUGGAUAAUGGUGAAGGUGAAUAUGUUUACAUAAAACCUGGUGGUAAUGGUUCAACAUCUAGUCGUGAUGAUUUAUCAACAGCUGGUAGUACAUUACCAAUGCCAGCGAAUCCGAGAACAAGCAAUAGUCAUCAACAGCAACAACAACAACAGCAGGAACGAUCACAACAACAUCAGUUACAACAACAGACGGGUGUUAUAGAACCGGAAUCUCCAGGACGCAAUUCUAAUUAUGUUAAUAUCGAUUAUUUCUUACACCAAAGCAAUGAGACACGUUCAAGUUCAAUUGAUAGUGAUGGUGAAUUAGAUGCACCCCCCUUAAUGCGAACUAUAUCACAUGAUGAACAGACAUCACAAACUCCAGGUGCUCUAAGAAAGAGCUUACUAUCAUCAUUACUUAUUUCCGGCAACUUACGAGGGACCAAAAUUCGUUCAAUUUUAAACAGUAUUAUACAAAGUGAAACCAUUUACGUUCAAUGUUUAAAUAAAAUGAUUCAAUACAAAAAAGCUAUUCAUGCUACACUGGGAACAUCACAGCCAGUUAUAAAGGAAGAAGAAGAAAAUACGAUAUUCUUUAAAAUUGAAGAGAUUCAUUCAGCUCAUAUGGAAUUUUUGAAUGACUUAAAACAAAAACUGAAUCAAACAACUGAAGUUGGUGGUGAUAUACUUGUCGGUGAUGCAUUUAAAAGACUAUCAGAUCAUAUUGACUUAUAUAGUGCAUUUUUGCAUAAUUAUGGCCAAGCAAUCGACACUGUCAAAAAAUGUUGUGCCAAUAAUCCACAAUUCAAGGAAAUUUCUUCUAAAAUAGCAUUAAAUUUGCAAAAUGAACAAUCUUUACCACUUGAAGAUUUAUUACAUAAGCCAGUUGCAAGAGUUCAAAUAAACUCAUUGCUAUUCAAUGAUAUAUUAAAUGAAACUCCCCCAACCCAUCCAGAUCAUCAACAAUUAAGACAAGCUCAAAAAACAAUUCAUGUAUUUUUAAAACAAUUUAAUGUUGUAAAUCAACGUUUACCAACUGAAUCAAAUAAAAAUUUACGCCGUAUGGUAAAGAAUUCUUUUAUUGUUGAAUUAGUUGAUGGUCAUCGUAAAUUACGACAUUUAUUUUUAUUUAAUGAUGUUAUUGCAUGUGCAAAAUAUAAAGCAGCUGGUCGUGAACGUUUUGAAUUUGAAUUAAAAUGGUACAUACCUUUAAAAGAUGUAGUUAUAUACGAUGAAGAAACCAAUACAGAUAAUUUAAAAGAAUCAAGUCCAGCUAAUAUUUUACAAUUGAAAUCGCAAGCAUGUAAUGUUCGAGAUCAAAUUUUAUUGGAAGAAAAAGAUGAAAAGAAAAUGAAAUUAAAUGGUUUAAGAUCUGGUGAUAAACAUCGACGUAAAUUAGCCGAUUUAGAAGCUCAAUUGGUGUUAGCAUCACCUAACUUAGUAUUUAGAAUUGGGAAUAAGGCUGCAAACAAAACAAUGACAUUCUUCUUAAGUUCAGAUUUCGAAAGAACUCAAUGGAUUGAACAAAUAAUAAAUUUACAGCAAUCAUGCAACAUGCCAGGUGUAAACACAAUAAAUGCAUUAGAAAUUCAAGCUUUUGUAUUAGCAACACAGUCGCGUAUUAAACCAGAUAUGGGUUCAUAUUUGAUGAGAAAUAGAAAUGAUGAAAGCCUUCUAGUGGGCGAUUUACAUAUAACAGUUCAAGGAUUAACUGGUCUAGAACAGCCAGCAGAUAUGUACAUUUGUUUGGAGGUUGAUUCAUACGGACAUUAUUUUAGGAAGGCUAAAACGAAAAUGGUUUGUCGCAGUACAAGUCCAUUAUGGAAUGAAAGUUUUGUUUUAGAACUGGAAGGUAGCCAAAAUGUAAGAAUUUUGUUAUAUGAGGCACAAGAGCAUAGACCGGCGUUGAAAGCUAAGAAUAUAUUAAAGUUAAGUCGAAAUUGGCUUACAGAAGCACCACAAAAUAAGACAAUCAAAAUGUCUGAUAUAAUAGUAUUAAACACAAAUAUUCGUUUCGUUCCUGGAGAAGUAACAUUAAGACGUGUUCCAACAUCAAAACCAGGUGCUUUAUUUGGAGCAAAACUAGAUCAAGUUCGAAAACGAGAGAAACGUGACAUUCCAUUUAUCAUUAGUGCUUGUAUUCGUGAAGUUGAAAGACGUGGCAUGGCUGAAGUUGGCAUUUAUCGUGUUAGUGGUUCUGUAUCGGAUUUAGCCCGUCUUAAAAAAUUAUUUGAAACAAAUGCAUAUGAAGCUGAACAACUUUUGAAGGAAGUUGAUAUUCAUUCUGUUACUGGAAUAUUAAAAUCGUAUUUAAGAGAGUUGCCAGAAGCAUUGUUUACUGAUUUAUUAUAUCCAAAGCUUUUUGAAACGUUUAAUCAAUAUAGUGGGGGAAGCGAUGCUGUUCGUAUGCAAGCCUUGAUGGGUGUAUUUGAACAACUGCCCCAAGCAAAUAAGGCUUCCAUUUUACAUAUUUUGGAUCAUCUGAUAAGAGUUCAUCAACAGGAAGGUGAAAACAAAAUGUCAUUGCAUAAUUUAGCUAUGGUAUUUGGUCCAACAUUAUUACGACCAGGUCAAACCCAAACCAAACAAAAAGAUUUAUUAGCAUCAAGUACAGUUGAUGUAAUGGCACAAGCUGGAAUUCUUUACAGUUUCUUACAAGCAAGACUGAAAAAGGACUAGUGGUUCCAGCUACAUAGGAAUUUAGCUUUUAAUAAUUUUGCCCAAUAACUUGUUUAUAUUUUUUUAUAUUAUUCCAAAACAGAUUCAUUUAUAUAUUUUUGUUUUACUUUUAAAAUUUAUUUAAUUUUUAUUCUAAAAAUGAAAACAUGCAAAUUAGUUAAUCCUUUUCUAUGAAAAAUAGAAAAAGAAACACGAUGAAAAAAAAUUGUUUAGUUUUAAAAAUAAAUGAGAUUUAAGUUGUUGAUUUUGGUAAAAUUUUUAUUAUAUUUUUAAUUUUGUUUUAAUUUUUAAUUUAUACGAAACAUUUUGUUCUAAUUUUUAUCAUUAUAAAUACUGUAAUAUAUUAGAUUUAUGCGUUAUAAUAUUUUAGUGGAUGUUAACACCCAGUUAUUGCAUAGUAUUACAAUGUCUGUCAGUAUGAUUUGUAUACAUUUCAUUAUGUUAAAAAUCAAAAUAUACAAAUGAAAGUGUUGUUACUUUCCUUUCAAGAAAUUUUAUUGCAACUGAAGUAUUUGUUAACAAGCUGAAGUAAUUUUUUUUUUUCAUAAUGUAUAGUUUCAAAAUAUUUUAGCUUUUCUUAAGACGUCUACCAAAAUUCAAGUCUAACAUUAACUAAUUUAGAAAUUAAAAUUUUAUUGCCGAAUAAGUCAAGUUGACGUUACAUUCCCCAUUACCAUUAAUACGAGUAUAUAUAAUAUUUAGGAAGUCAAUGAUUUGUAUACAUAUUGUAAUUGCAUGAUAACAUAAUGCAUAUUGGGUGUACAAAUAAUAUUUAAAAUAAUUGCAAUAAACAAUGAUUUUUCAAAAUGUUAAAUAAAAAAAUUAAGUACAUAAUAAUUUUUUUGCAAUUUUGAAAUUAAUUUCACUUAUUGCGAGAAAAUUUUUUCAAUAAUAUUAUACAAAAUAUAUUUUUUAAAAAAUAACUUAACUAAUUUCGUUAAUAUUGCUUAAAUUUAAAUAGAAAGCAAUAAUGAAUAUUGUAAAAAUUUUU